GCCACCCUCCAAUAAACAAAACGAAGAAGCGCCUCCACCGCCUCCUCCCAUCAACCAAAAACUCGCCUUAAAUCCUCUUAAAAACUCCCCACGCCGUCCACUAGCAUGCAGAACAUGUUGACUCUCCUCUCCAACGCGCUGUGUCGGAUCACCGGCAGGUCUGCGGGAGCACAAACGGUGUCGGAGUUGCUGAUUGACCUGUCAGAGUACGUCAGUCUAACCUCGCCAGCGGCCCCUGACUUGGCUCGGACGCAGCGACUGCCCCCCAAACCUCCGCCAAUAGUCGGCGAUAAAGCCGGCACAGCGCCUUUAGCUAGCACAUCGCUAGACGCGCCAGUAAGCAGCAGUGGCGACGUCGGCCUCCAGGCUGCCCGUGUCACCGCUUCCCGAUCUUUUGCAGACUUCACACCUCAGGUGACCUUGGACAUCAAGAAAUGCGAUUUGCACCGAUUGGAGGCGGGGCCUCCCGUGCAAGCAGAGCUAACGCGUGAGCAGGGCCUCCAGUAUUAUCGCACCAUGCAAACAGUAAGGCGCAUGGAGUUGAAAGCCGAUCAGCUGUACAAGCAGAAGAUCAUCAGAGGUUUUUGUCACCUUUAUGACGGACAGGAAGCAUGCGCUGCUGGAAUCGAGGCCGCCAUCAACUCUAGCGAUCACCUGAUCACUGCGUACCGCGCGCACGCCUACACGUACACCCGCGGUGUGGCUGUCAGGGAGAUUCUGUGCGAGCUGACGGGUCGGAGGGGCGGCGUUUCCAAAGGAAAGGGAGGCUCCAUGCACAUGUACGCACCGCAUUUUUACGGAGGGAACGGGAUUGUUGGAGCACAGGUUCCACUAGGUGCAGGAAUCGCUCUGGCGUGUCAAUACCAAGGCAACAAUCAGUUAUGCGUGACGCUGUACGGUGACGGUGCUGCCAAUCAGGGGCAGCUGUUCGAGGCAUUCAACAUGGCCGCUCUCUGGAAGCUUCCGUGCAUUUUCAUCUGCGAGAACAACCAGUACGGCAUGGGGACGUCGGCGGAGAGGGCGUCUGCUUGCACCGACUACUACAAAAGAGGAGACUACAUACCGGGAAUUAGAGUAGAUGGGAUGGAUGUCCUGUGUGUGAGAGAAGCGGUCAAGUUUGCAGCGGACCUAUGUCGAGCCGGAAAGGGUCCAAUUGUGAUGGAGCUCAAGACAUAUCGCUACCACGGACACAGCAUGAGUGACCCUGGUGUCAGUUACCGUACUCGGGAGGAGAUCCAGGAAGUACGCAGCAAGAACGACCCCAUUGCACUGUUGAAGGAACAAAUGCUGAGCAACAAUAUGGCGUCCGUUGAGGAGCUCAAGGAAAUGGACGUCGCCAUUCGCAAGGAGGUGGAUGAGGCAGCGCAGUUUGCAACAGCGGACCCCGAACCGCCGUUGGACGAUUUGUGCAGCCACAUCUUCAAAAAUGAGCCCCCGCUUGAGAUCCGUGGGACCAAUCCCUGGUCAAAGCUGAAGUCUGUAAGCUAGAACUACAACUGGCACCGCAAAGAGAUUCUGACCAGAACUCUACACGGGGCCGGGACUUGGAUCUGUUUGCCACAUUUUUUAAUAGCUCUAUUUAUUAAUAUAAUUUAAUAUAUGAUCUUGUACUCUACUUGAACUGUGCCAGGGCUCCAGCAGAAAGUUUUUACAAACAAAUUAUUUAAUGUUUGCUGUGACAUUUGUGGUAUUACUGAAUACAUUAAGGACUGAACAAUCUUUAGGAAACUAAAGAAUUUUUUACUCCAGUUGUAAGCAAUAUUGUCAUUUUUAUCCAUGCAAAACAGAACUUUCCAAUGUUUACCAGCUUCCAAACAUUACAUUUUCAAAGCAGCACUUUAUCUUUGUCGUCAACGCACAUAUGUUAAAGUAAAAGUUUUUUUUUUUUUUG